CGGGUGCAGCUUGAUGAGAGGCGUAGAAAUCCUCCAUCUGUGCCAAGCCUCAGCUGCAGGGAGGUUCCUUAAACUGCGAAGCACAGAACUUCCACUCCAUUACUGUACUGAAACAAGCAAGCUAAGCCGUCUCGGUUUGGGCCGGACCUCUCCGUACAGUAGAUCAACCCUUUUAUUGGGCUUCCCACUAAAAAACUCAACCAUUUGUCGGGCUUCAGUCGUAGUCACAGUUCCCGCGCUCUUUACAUGUGGAAUUUCCUAACUCAUUCUAUUCUGCGCUUUUGGUUUGAGGGGAGAAUAGAGUAGAAUGGAAGAGUCGAAACGAUGGUCGGUGACUUACACAAAGCACAUCAAACAGAAACGCAAGCUCUACCUCGAUGGAUUCCUUCACCUCCAAAUCUCCACCAACAAGGUGGCGCUUUACGAUGAGUUCGAGAAACUCUUGGUGUGCAGGAUCUUGAAGACAGAGGAAACCGUUGCCUCUGGUGAGACUUUGGAGUUCAAUGGCUACCUUGUCGACAUUGGCGAUCCUGAGGGCCGGCCACACAACAAGCCCCAUUCUGACCCCAAGCUUCCUACAAAACACAAGACUGCUUCAAGAAUAUUCAGGACUCCUACCGUUACGAACACCAAAAUCAAUGCGAAUGGGAACACUGCACAAACACGGAAGCCUCUCAGUCCAUCUCAACGACUUAUCAAAGAAUUUAAGAAGAGAGAGCUGUUGAAGUAUGGGUCACCAGAGAUCAGUUCGGAAAAAACAAAACCUAGCUCAACAGAGUGGCAGGUGCUAUACACUACACAUCUAACUCAGAAAGCAAAGAAGUACCAUGAUGGAUUUUUACGGCUAGUUAUCCAUGGGUCUCGUGGAGGACAGAUUAUGCUGUUUGAUGAAAGCAGGAAACUCUUAGACAGCAGGUUCUUAAGGAAAGAUGAUGUGAUUAGACCUGGUGAAUCAGUUUCGUUUGAUGCAUAUUUGAUCGACAUUGGUGAGUGUCAAGGAAAUAAGAAACCAGAUUGUAGUGCUAAAGGAGAGAAUUUAACUAAUGUUGAUAGCACAGAGAAGGUGGACAGGCGGCAUAUUUCUCUUGAUAAUGAAACCAAUUUAGCUGUUGGAAAAAGGGAAUGGCAGGUCCUAUAUACAGCACAAUUAACAAAAAAGGCCAAGAAGUAUCAUGAUGGUUUUUUGGAACUUGAAUUUUGUGGAUCUCGUGGGAGGCAGGUUGUUUUAUAUGAUUUAAGCAAAAGACCUUUAGAACGAAGGUUCCUAAAGAAAGAUGAAGUUGUAAGAUCCGGUGAAUCAUUAAAGUUUGAUGGACAUUUAGUUGAAGUUGGAGAACCUGACGGAAGCCAUCAAUCUCCGAUGAAUGAGCAAGAGACUGAUAGUAAUACUGUUGUUCAGAGAAGAAUACUAAGACAUGGACAAAAUGACCUUCUCAAGGUCAAUCUACCUGUUUCUAAAGGACAACCUCCAAAUAAGUCUUGUAUUGAGCAAGUUGCAAGCAUGAACUGUCUCUUUCCAGGGAAAGAAGAUAUGAAGUCAGAGAGGACAGUCUUACCAGUUAAGGCUUUACGUGAUGCCAAUCAAAUAUUGUCCAUUUUACAAUAUCCUACGCCUCAGGAGAGCUCCGUCAUAGGUGGCCAAUCAAGCCAUGGGUCAUGCCUCCAUACUGUGGACUGCGGAUCAACUGGGACUGUGAAAUCCCUCGAUUCUUCGUUUUCUAAAGGGAGUGCCAAAAUAAUGCCCCAACAGACUUCGAGUGAUCACGUCAUCAUCAAUGAAAGUGAAAGUCCUAAGGAUGAAUCGUUCCCAAGCUUUGACCUUGGAUUUUAACAGGUGUGCAAGGUAGGCAUUGGUUUUUCAGCUAAUUGGUGGAACGGUGGGGUGGAUAAGGAAGGCAGAACUAAACCACUCUUCGAUCGCUUAUCGUUAUAACAGAAUUGAAAAUAGCUAGAAUUGAUGUCUACCUUUUAUUUGAUAGUCAGUAAAAUCAGUUGAACUAGUUCAAACAUGGUCUGGUAAUUUCCAUGCACUAUCUGUUUUACGGACUAGAAUAUAAAGUCAAGGGACAAAAUUUCACUUAAUCCCCCCAAA